UCUCCCUUUUUACUUUUAUUUAAACAAAAAUUUCAAGUAAAGAGAGAGAAGAAUGUGCUUACAAAUAUAGCAACCCAUAAUUGAAAAAUGGUAACUCUCAUAAAUAGGUCGAGUUUCUUUGUAAUUUUGUGCACACUAUUUUUUAGCAUUGAGGCUAAUAUUGGAGAGUUUGAUGAGGUGUGGAGGACUCGAGCCACCCAAGCAAAUAAAAAUGCUAAAGAAUCCUAUAAUCCUAAUCCUGAAAAAGUUGCAGCUAAUUUCAACAAACAUGUUCACAGGUCGGAAGAAGGUAGCAAUAGCACAAGAAGGGACUUGCACAAGUACAAUGGUCCAUGCGUGGCUACAAACCCUAUUGAUCGUUGCUGGAGAUGUGACCCACAUUGGGCUAAAAAUCGCCAGAAGCUAGCAGAUUGUGUUCUAGGAUUUGGCCAUCAUACGACUGGUGGCAAAGGUGGCAAAAUCUACGAAGUAACUGACCCUGGGGACACCGAUAUGGUGAAUCCUAAGCAAGGGACACUGCGCCAUGCAGUCAUUCAGCCAGGGCCACUAUGGAUCAUAUUUGCACAUCACAUGGUCAUUAAGCUAAACCAAGAACUUAUUAUGACAGGCGACAAGACAAUUGAUGCCAGAGGACAACAAGUGCAUAUUACUGGUGGUGCUAGUUUGAUGUUACAGUACAUAAACAAUGUGAUUAUUCAUGGUCUUCAUAUCCAUGAUAUAAAGGCUGGUAAUGGUGGACUAAUUAGAGACUCGAUCAAUCAUUACGGUUUUCGAACAAAAAGUGAUGGUGAUGGUAUUUCAAUCUAUGGAUCAACAAACAUUUGGAUUGAUCAUGUUUCCAUGUCUAAUUGUGACGAUGGACUCAUUGAUGCCGUGCAGGCUUCAACUGCUAUUACCAUUUCCAACUGCCAUUUCACCCAUCAUAAUGACGUUAUGUUGUUUGGGGCAAGUGACAGCUUCAAACAGGACGAAAUCCUACAAAUAACACUUGCUUUUAAUCACUUUGGCCAAGGGCUGAUCCAGAGGAUGCCAAGAGUGAGAUGGGGAUUUGUUCAUGCUGUCAACAAUGACUAUACUCACUGGCUAAUGUAUGCCGUUGGUGGUAGUCAACAACCUACCAUCCUCAGCCAGGGCAAUCGUUUCAUCGCCCCGCCUAACCCUAAUGCUAAAGAGGUGACCAAAAGGGAAUAUUCACCUGAGAGUGUGUGGAAGAAUUGGGUGUGGAGAUCACAGGGAGAUCUGAUGAUGAACGGAGCCUUCUUCGUGGAAUCUGGAGAUCCCAAUCAUAAAUUCACGACGGGUCCUGAUAUGAUCCACCCCAGGGCAGGAUCAGACGCAGGCAGGCUAACAAGAUUUUCAGGCUCUUUGAACUGCAUUGAGGGGAAGCCUUGUUAGAGCUUGUCUGCACCAAGUUACGAAUAGAAAUAGGACUUGAAACUAUAGAAAGUCAGUUUGCUCCCUUUCUCCUCUCACAUGCAAUGCUGGUAAGUAGAAGGGGAGAAUGAGUGUGAGCUAAGAUGGAAAAACUUUUAGGUUUUUGAUGCUCUGUGCUUCUGUAAAUUCCUGACACAAUGUCCUUUUUCCUUCAAUCAAUGUAAAAAAGUGACAAAUCAAAUAAAACUGCAAUGUGAAGUGA